UGAUUGCCAACCUUCGAAAUGGAGACGGUACUUAGAGAAAAAGACUCUGCAAUGAUACAUUUUCAUUCUAGCUUGAGCCCAAGCUAAACUCAAGCUGUGGAAAAUAUACGAACUGAAUGAAUAUGAAUCUCAUGUCGUGGGAUAUACAGUUCAAACGAAUAGAGAAUUGUAAAAAUCGUGGAACUGGGGAUAUUGACUUGGAUCUUCGCUUGAAAAGGAUUUCAAGGACAAGGGUGAACAUGGAAGGAAAUAUCACUUUCAAGGUUGAUUUUGAUGAUAAUAUGAAGGGUGUUUUCGAUCUGAGUAGCUGGGGAAACGGUGGCUGGAGGAGUAACGCCUACAGAGUGACUGUGGAUAACCCAUGCUCCACAAACUCUGUGUUUGCCGCAUUCUUCAAUAAAGUGCGCAAAUUAGCUGGUAUGCCCGAAACAUGUCCAAUACCAGCGGGAAGGUACGAGUUGAAAGACUUCGAUACUCAGAUAGUCAACAAUAUCACUCUGCCAUUUUACAUCAUACCCACUACAUGGAAGAUUACCCUCUCCUAUUACCAUAGAUCAAAUAACAAACGACUUGGAUGCAAGUCAUUCAUUGCGGAGAGUAGAGUGAAAUCAAUUAAAAAGAUGAAUGAUUAAUAUUAAUUUGAAAAGUUUUAACAGCGCUGACUCUAUUCUGGUGAAAGUAAUGUAGUAAGAAGAAAUUUGUGACUUUUGU